GGCCAGGCACCGAGCAUGACCCCCGCAACUCACUGGGUCCACCCAAGCGUGUCGUACGAGCAGGUCCGGGCACUCGCUGACCAGCCUAGUGAUAACGUCCUCCUGAUCGACGUCCGCGAACCGGAAGAAGUAGCGCAAGGGUCGAUCCCCUCCUCCCUCUCGCUCCCCCUCUCCCAGCUCCAGCGCGCACUCCACCUCACGCCAGGCGAGUUCCAGCACACCUUCAACUUCUCCAAGCCCGAGCCAGAGCAGCAAGUAGUGUUCUAUUGCCGCAGCGGGAAACGAAGUCUUUCGGCGUGUGAUUUGGCUAAGCGGGAAGGGUGGGAUGUGAGGAACUAUGAUGGGAGUUGGCUGGAUUGGGUUGCUAGAGAGCAGGAGAGGGGGAGGGGGGCAUGAGCGGGCUCCGGGGAGCGAGAGGAGCCAGAGUACGGGCUUGCGGGAGAGGGAUCUAGAUGGUCACAGUCUUAGGAUGAAAUAGGUCUUGAACGAAGUUUUCG